AUAUUAAUAAAAACUUAAUAUAAUCUCAAUUAUACUAAAAAUAACACUAAUUACAUAACAAAUGGACAUGGUAUAAUAAUUUUAGUGUAUAUUAUUUCAUUUCAUGAGAAAAAUUAAACCACAGAGUGACACGAAACGAACCGUGUGCACCUCUGAAACAAGGAAAUGUGAUAUAUUGAUUUUAAUUAUGCAAGAAUAAAGAGUAAACUGUAAAGAAAAAAAUUUAAAGAAACAUAAAAACAAAAAAUCAUUGGAGUGUUUUACAAGAAAAUAAUAUAGUCUUUAUACUUUGAAAUUUCACUUUCUAGCUGUUUCUUUCUAAUUGUGAAAUUUACUAGCAACUUGUGAGUGAAAAUUGUUUCUAGCUGUUAAUAAUAUAUAACGUACACAAUGUACAGAGAGGGUUAUAAUGGAGCUGGACUGAGAUCAAAUUAACUCCAGUUUCUGGAUUACACCUGUUUGGGAAUCUUGGCAGCUAACUAAUAACUAAAAGUAACAUCUGCUUAUUUACAUAUUCAAAGAAAGCUAAUUACAAAAACAAGAGCCAUCCUCAACACAAAAAGCCAACAAGCAACAUGCGUUCGCAUGUCGUUUCACCGGCAGCAUUUUUAGACACUAUUCUUAGAAUUCAAUAGAAGCUUAACUUCUAACUAAUUGACUUAAUUGCUUAUCCUCGUACCUUAAAAUUAGUAUGAUCUCAGACCAAAAGUCCUUUUUGUGCAUUUGUGCGAGUACAAAUUGAGUAUGUCAUUUUUAGUUACUGAGUCAGAGCGUCAUAGUCAUCAGCAUACGAGACAUGACAGGAAUACCUGCAAAUGUGUAGCGAGGCAAAAGUGUAUCCAUGAGUCAGACUCUGAACACAAAGCAUACAGCCGCUAGAACACCAACAAUUCUUUAACUCUUUAAAUUACAUUUAAGAUUCAAGUUUCAAGAUUUUUAUUUGUGACAUACACAAUUAUAUAGAGCAUAUAUAACCAGCAGUGAAAUGUGAGUUUAAGAUAAAACAGCAAUUGUUUUACCAAGUUGUACACUUAAAAAUAGUUCUUUAUUUGCCUCUAUCAUCCACAAAAUUGGUUCUUUUAAUAACUGUUCACUAGGAUUAGCAACUAGAUACCAGGGUGGUCCCCUGAUAACUAAAUUUUGCCCUAUGGGGCCCUCUAUUUUCCUGAUUUGCAUCACCAGUAGGAAUUUGUGAGUGACGUAAGCCAACCGACAAUGACGACAUUCAGCAGCUGGAAGGUAGAGAACUACCUGGACUUCAGCAAUGGUCAAUCUAUCGCUGUUUUCUAUGUUCAUGGAAUUAGUUUGUGGAGUAAGUGUAUGUUUGAAGUCAUCAUCUGAUUGGUUGAAUUCUACAGGAUUUCCUGGGAGGUGUGUGUGUUGAGUUUUUUAACGCUCCACCUGGAAACAAAGAUGAAGAAGAACACAGCCGUCGUGUUUACAACUGUGACAAUGCAUGUUUAUCAGGAUCAACUAAGCGCUAGAUUUUCAAAACUAUGUGAAAUAUGUAAAGUUCACGACUCUUGUGUCUCACUGGUGUUAUUGUGGGGACAUUUUCACAUACCUAAACAUGAUGCGCCCAAUCAGUCUUCCAUCAGUCUGAAGGUCUGGCUACAUAAGACUAUAUGGCAUGUGGCCAAUCAAUGUAUAGUUCCUAUUGUGCUGGGUUAGACCCUACUCCAAAGUAGGAGGUAAUUUAGUCCCAGUUUCCCCAAAAGGCAUUCCAUUAACUAAAAUCAUAAAUGCCUGCAAUGCAAACACACCAAAAAGCGGGAACACAUGCCAUACAAAACACCAGCACCUGCCAUUUUAAAAAGCUGCACAGAGACACAGUUUACAUAAACUUACUCCACAACCAUGGAAAAUAGUGAUAGAUGGAUCAAUGGCGAAUUCCAGGUACUUCUCCAUCCUUCAUCCUUCAUAUUAGUGGAAGUAGGGUAGCCACUUUUUGGCGUGUGUGCACUGCAGGACUAGAAACUGUUUUGGUUCUAGGAACUCUGUUUGGAGAAAUUAAAUUAGUUCCUACUUCAGAGUACGGUCUAAAAUAGUUCGAUAGGAACUAAUAGUGAUGUUAAGUGUAUACUGAUUGGCCAAACGCAUACGAAAUGUAAAAAUAUUUACUCCACGAACAUGGAAAACAACGAUAAUGGCAUUUAGCUACCUGCUGUCUGCAGCACUGUUCUUUUAGGCUGGCCACACACUAGACAAUUUUAAGGUCAAUUUUAAGCCCAAUUUGCAUCCCUGAACAAUCGGGGGGUGUGGCCUGAUUCACGGCCUGUCACACUAUUUGUCCAAAAAGUCCUCUAUUGUGUGAUAUCAUUACUAUUUAUCUGCUCCUGAGACAGAGUGUCCCUAAAAACAAGUCAUGUUUAAUAUUUACGACUCUUGAUCGGGCUGCUUCUGACGUGAUACCCGCGAUAGCCAAUGAGAGUGAGCAAGCGUCACCUACCAGAUGUUGCGUCCUUCUAUAGAUGAAACUUGGCAGCCAGCAAACAUAUCACGACAGCAGAAUACAUCACCCAUAUUCUUGACGUCGAUUGUCCUCUAUUUGUUUUUCUUCUCUAGUCACGUUUGAUCUCGCCAGUGUCUGUGAGAUCACGUGUCACUGUGAAAUCGUUCCUACUAUCAUCAAGUGUGUGGUCUCGUGGUCUCUUUGAAUCAUCUGUGUGUGUUCAGAGGCUAUAAGGCUAAAAAUCGGUUGAACUGUUUUGAUGUCUGUGGUCUCCCAUGGUUUUAAAAUCGUUUAAGAUCGGUCAGCGGUCAGCCUUACACUGCAGAUUGUCAUUUAGUCAGAUUUUCAUGCUCUUUCAAUCAUUUAAAUUGUUCGUUUUCAUUACAUCUCCAUUAUCACGAAACCCACAACACUGAUGUUUGUAAAUGCCGCGAAUAAAGAAUAAUGCAACCAGGAAAAUGGCCAGAGGGAGAAAUUGGUAAUAAUAAUCUAAUAAUCUAAACACCCUUUUUCACUGUAAAGAACCAUGCAAUAGAAAGAUUCCACAGUGUUCCAAGAUUGCAAUGUUGAAGAUUCUUUAUGGAGCCAAUAAGGAACACCACUUUGGAACCUUUAUUUUUAAAAGCAUUCUGAGCUUAUGUUCGGUUACUUACCAAAGUGGCCAACUAUUAUGCUGGCAUCAUAAAUGCAAUGUAGCAAUAUAAAACAAUGAACUAUGAAACGUCUGUCCUAUAUGUCCUUUAGAUACACAUGUCCAAUAGAGGGGUAGGUGGAAAGGGCGAGUGGGUAACCGCCCACUCCUGAGCACCAUCAGAACAGGACUUACAGCUGAAUGGGCCACCAACCUCAGGCAAGAGUGUAAUCAGCAGGAAAUAGAGGCAAGAGGGACAGAUUUGAGGGCAUCACCACGUAAAGACACGCAUGCACAUAUGCACAAAUACACACAGAAACGCACACACGUACGUGCCCCAGGGUACCACUGCAUCUCCACUGCAGUGUCAGAGCGGCUGAUAAUCCUGACACGUAAGCAGCUGGCAGGACGAGAGCGACAUGGGAAGUUAGUUAUUACUGUUAUCAUCAUAACUAUUAUCAUUAUCAGCCUGAGCAGCAGCAGGUCCCCUUCAUCUGGGAGCGGUGCGUCAUACGGCUGGGUCGAAACCAUGAAGUGCCAGGAAGCAACCUGCACUGAAUGUAAAAUACAAAGACUGGGGGAAAAUAGGGUUGAUUCACUCCAUUCUUUCAAUUUCUCUGCCUCUCCCUAUUUCGGUCUCCCUCACCCCCUCCUCCUCUCGUCGCUCUUGCCCUUCUUCUCAAUUUUAUGUUUUUCUUUGACUAGCACGGAUCCAUUUCUCUGCUUUUUAAGGAUUUGCACUAUGUCUCCUUCUCCGUUUGGGACACUGUGACAUAAUGAAAGCACCUACAUGUCCUCUCAUACAUCUAUUUUCUUUGCCGGUCACACGCUCGCGCCCCCUCGCCAUGUAUACCGCGGUAAGGCCGCACCACUGUACACUGGUGGGCUGAAUGCUCAUGCCUGUCAGAGACAAAGAACCACCAGCUGUCUUGUCUCUCUCAAACACCGUCUUUCUCCGUUCCUCCCCCACUGAACGACAUUUGAACCCCCGCAAGAGUUUAUUCGCGUUCUUCGGAGACUAGCAUUUUUUCUCUUAUCUCCGAUUGGCACAUAUCGGAAGGGCGAAAGGAAUCGUCAUAUUUGGUUUUUUGGAUGUCUCCCACUCCAACAACCCACAGCCUGCUGCUAACACGGCACACAAUGCCCGUCAUUACGCUUUAGGGCGCCAAACCAGAGAGGGUGACUUACUGCUGCCAUCAAGUGGCCUUCGGAGAAACUGCAACCUGUUGCUCGGAUUCACGUUAAACCUCUACUGUAGUGUAAGCAGGCCAAAGCCUGUAGAAAUUGAAAAUAAAGAAAUGUAAUAAGAUAAAAAAAUACAGGAACUUAUUAAAACAAAUAAAAAUAUUGAAAUUAAGUAAUUUUUAACUAAUUGAAUUAAAAAGAAUUGCCAGCAAAUGUACAUUUUUUAUAUUUACGAAUUCAUUUAUUUUUAUAUUCAUUUUUUCCCACAUGUAUUUAUUUCAGUUUUCUUAAUUUACUCUUACAUGUCUUACUUUUCUGUGUGCAACAUGAAAAUUAAGCAGAUGGCACCUGCAUCUGCCUUGUAGUGCUGCAUUUUCUAUAGGCCUAUACUAGAAAAUAGUCUAUAUUCAAACAGCAUCUGCAUUAACUAUAAUCUAUAAUCUGAUUCUCUUAGUUCAUUUAGAUAAGAUGGUUAUACUAAAACUAAUUUUUAUAAAAUGCAUCACAAACUCACUUUCUCACGUAAUUGCCUUUAGGGUGUAUAAGAACUUUUAUUAUAGCAAUUAAAACUGUACUUACCGGUUUCAGUCAUCUAAGCAGUGUCGCUCACUUUCCCAGAAGUCAAAUAAAAAAUGUUGUCAAUAACCUGGUCUUGCAGGGUUUGAAGUAAACACACUUUCCAACAGUGUGCUAGGCUGUCUGUAAAUAACAUUAAUGAUUAUGGAUGUCAAGUACAUAAUUGACUGAGGAGGUGGACGCUGGAGGUUUAUCUUUCCCGGGGGGGUUAAUCAGGUUAAGUACAAUGUUGUCAUGUGUGCUUGACGCUAAUCCUGCCUAAUCUAAGGACAUUAUCUUGAUACAUAUUCGAAAGGUGGAAAGAUUAAUGCUUCAGAAACAAAAUGCACACCAGAGAUGUGACAAGAAUAUGUUAUCUGGAUUAAAACUGAUUUUAUGUUCCCGGCCCACGUGCCUGUGGGACAGGACUCCUCAUCCUCCUGAGGGUUUUUAAUACUCUGUCGGAUGUGACUGAUCAACUUGAACAAAGCUCUGAGGCGAAUGCAAAUUUCAUGGUGUCUUCUAAAAUAAACAUGUUAUAAAUAUGUGUGUACUGUAAUGCUACUACAUAUGUUUCUCUCUCUCUGUCUUUUGUUAUGCAUUGCUCUAAUUCACUCAAGAAUAACCUGAUUUGUUUUUUUUGGAUGUUUUGUUAUUGUGGUGGCUGAAUGGUUAAGGGUGUGGCCUGCUAACACAAGCGUGAGAUCAUUUUGUACAGUAGUACAGUAGGAGUGAACCAUGACCUGGAAGCAUAGUGACUAUCAGUAACUAAGCAUUUCACUACACAAUUUUGAAAGGUAAUAUCUAAAACUGAACGGCCUUGGAGCUUCUACAGCAUGAGCGUAGACUGGUGUAUUUUGACCCAGCUAUUUGACAUGAAUCAUUCAUGCACCGUAAUUGUGGAGCACACCGUUUUAAGUUAGUAAAUGUCCUCUAGUAUAACCCUAUCCGUGAUCUUCAGAAUGAAGCUCAUCUUUAUCUGUGUCCAUCCUGCUCUGUAGACAUUCAGACCAGAGAAGCUCUGAUAAAAUGCCACCAUCGGAUCAGUGAGCCUGAUAAAUGUCAGUAAACUCAAGUUUACUUGAGUCAAAGACAUAACUUUGGGGAGAAAAACAGGAUGGUAUUUAGAGGCAGAAAAUAGAAGCACUCUGUACUUGAUGGAAAAGAUAAUCCACAAAGCAGGCCUAUAUAUGUAUACAAAACUAGUGACUGAUGUUGUAUCUUCAACUUUCUAACUAUAAUUUGUAGCCAGUAAAGUUUUUAGACAGUUUAUCUCAAUAUUAACACUUAAAAAAUGUAGAAAUUGGUUUAUGGGGUUUCUCUUACGUUUCCCACAAUUGUUUUAAUAAAGGCCUUGUAUAAUAUAGGCUUAUUAAUAUGCUCAAAAAAAAAAAAAAAAAAAGAGUCUAACUGCCUGCAGUGAAUUAUGCAUAAUUAUUCAAUUUAAACUUAAUUAAAUAUAAUUAACUUGAAUAUAAUCCUUAUGGUGAUUUGCUAUGUAAUGUAACAUCAAUUCUCUAUACUUCAGCCUCAAGCAUUUCUGCUCCACGCAGUGCUUGUCUGACAUUAUCCAAUUCAAUAAUAAUGGUUGCCUACAACUAUGGGAACUUCUAAUCUAAAAUAAAGAAAUUAAUAUUAUGAAUGCUAAAGUACAUUUAUAAAAAGUUUACAGUUUCUGAUGCAAUAUGAGUUUUACACUCAGGGAAAGCAUUUUUACACUUUUAAACCAAAAGAGAGUUUUAUUAAGGGAAAAUGAUUCUCAAGUCAGCAUACAUUAUUCUGUCUAUUUUCAGACAAGGAUUUAUUAGUAAUAUUUUGGUGCCCAGUAAAAAGGGCCUAGUGUUGCCCUGCUGUGAACAUUUCUCUGGUAAAUUGACAAAAAUAACAAAAAACCAGCUACAUAAGACUAAACUGGGUGCAUAUAAUUGUAACUCUAUACUUAAUGUCAGAACAUCUGUUUUCAUGAGAUCUUUACAUGAAGUAGUUUUAAAAAAAUGUCUGACUGAGAGACUGUUUGUGCCUUUUAUUUUGAAUUCAUUGCACGCGCUUUAUAUCAUCCGCCCCCUUUACAGCCAGUCAGAUCAUUUCUUGGGAAAAGAAACGAGGGAAUUGUGUUGGAAACGGUAUCGUGAAAGUUUUAAAGAAUUGGCAGUGGCGUAUACAGUGAGAGUGUGUGUCUCGUUACUGAUAAGAACUGACAGUUAUAAAGUGAGCUUGCCGGAAGAUUUUCCUUUCAGCCAAUGCAGCCGCCCCACAGCAAACAACAGAGAAGAAAUCCAUAUUGAUUGGAGGCAGCUGACUCAAAGACAUGACCGAAGUUCACAUUAGUGACACAUUAUUCAACUCUUGUGGUGACCAAGCAUUUCUUUUCGAAAGGCCUUCAAAAUGGGAGAUUAUGCUCGCUAAAUCUCCGCAGUAAACAGCUUUGUGUGUAGUGUGUGCGAGUGAUUACCGGCGGUGAGUUUUCCGAUCCAGAGCAGCUCUGGAGAAUGGAGCGUAGGAGCAGAACUCGUGUUGCGGUGAUAGGAGGCGGGCCGGCGGGGCUUUGCGCCGCGCGACACAUCCUGUCUAGGCCCGAGGCCUUUGAUCCACCCGUGGUGUAUGAAAUGACCGAUCAUUUGGGUGGGACGUGGUUCUAUGAGGAACGAGUGGGUACAUAUGACAAUGGGUAUCCCAUCCACAGCAGUAUGUAUAGGGACCUCAGGACCAAUUUGCCUAAGGAGAUCAUGAUGUUCCCUGAUUUUCCCUUUGAUGACCGCCUGCCUUCUUUUUUGCACCAUACGUCGGUUCAGCAGUAUUUGGAAAAAUACUGUGAGAAACAUGAUAUUGCUCGUCAUAUCAAGUUCAACACCGUGGUGGAAAAGGUGAAGCCCGUCUCCAUGGAGACGGAGACGGGGGGAGCUGUGACGUGGGAGGUAAUUUCACGCAGCACACGUGGAGACCAGAACACGCAGACGUUCGACUCGGUGUUCGUCUGCAACGGGCAUUACUCCGACCCCCACCUGCCCUACAUUCCUGGAAUAGAGCAUUUUAAAGGGAAAGUCUUGCACAGCCACUCGUACCGCUAUCCAGAGCCCUUCGCCAACAAGUCCGUUGUGGUCUUGGGGGCCAGAGCAUCUGGUGUGGAUAUUUCCAUUGAGUUAGCCCGAGUUAAUGCUCAGGUGAUUCUAAGCCAUAACACACCAACCAUGUCCUUACCUCCUCCUCUGGGUAUCCGGCAGGCCUGCGCUGUUGUUGGGGUUUUAGAGGACGGAUCUUUACAGUUCCAGGACGGAUCAGUGACCCAGGCUGAUAUUCUUCUGUUCUGUACAGGAUACAACUUUAACUUCCCUUUCCUUUGUCCAUCAGAGCUGGGACUGGAUGUACAGGAUCUUUUUGUAACUCCACUCUACAAGUAUUUGCUGCCCCCUGGCUUCCCUUCAAUUUUUUUUAUUGGCAUUUGCAAAAUUAUUUGCCCUUUCCUACAUUUUGACUGUCAGGUUAAGUUUGCUCUUGCUGUCCUGGAGGGCUCAGUAAAGCUGCCCACCCAGGAAGAGAUGGAGAAGGAAGUGCAGAGAGAGAUGCAACGAAAACUAGACACAGGUGUGCAGGUGAAGCACCUCCUCAAUUUGGACAAGGAUCAGUGGGAUUAUUACCUGGAUCUGGCCAGGGUGGGCCGAUUCACACCCCCGCAGCCAGUGUUUGAGAGUCUCUAUGGAGAGGUGGGCAGACAGAGGCAGAAAGACCCACAGAAAUACAGACAAAUCAACUUUAGGCUCAUUGAUGCCACACAGUGGGAGCUUUUGGAAGCUCCACCAGAACAGACAGAUUGAGUUUAGCUACAGUCUGAGGACAAAUGAUAUUUACACUGUAUAGCUUUCUUUUUAUAUGAAAAGAAAGUCUGUAGAAAUGCUGAAGGAAGAACAUAAAAACUCUUAAUUAAAAAAAUACUAUAUAUAUAUA